AAAUGUAAGGACACCCUUCAAGGUCUUGUUAACAGUGUACUAAGUCACAGUAGGGUGAACGUUAGAAAGCUAGCAAGUUUUACCGGUCAAAUUAUGUCCAUGUCAAUUGUCAUAGGUAACGUUGCUCAGAUUAUGACACGUUAUUUAAGUAUGGACAUUAUUCAGGCCCCUCAUUGGGAUUUCUAUGUGUAUUUAAGCACACAAAGUAAGGACCAACUUCGUUUCUGGGAAAAUGAGUUGCCUUCGUUAAAUUGUAGAAGACUCUUUGAAAGUCAUUCUUGUUCAAAGAUAUUUUACACGGAUGCUUCGUCGUACGUGUACGGUGGUUACGAGGUUAGUACAGUUAACGGAGUAGCACACGGUGUUUGGUCACCUGACGAAAUGUUGAAGUCCUCCACGUGGAGGGAGUUAAUGGCUGUGUAUAGAGUCCUGUUGUCAUUGGUUCAAAAUUUGAGGUUUCAGAGGGUAAAAUGGUUUACGGACAACCAAUCCGUUUCAAAAAUUGUAGCUAAUGGUUCAAUGGUACCUGAAUUACAAGAAACCGCUUUAGAUAUUUAUAGAUAUUGCGCGUCAAAUUCUAUUAUCGUAGAAAUGGAAUGGAUUCCAAGGUCCGAAAACGACAAAGGUGAUUAUUUGUCAAAAAUCGUAGAUUACGACGAUUGGGGUGUUUCGCAAGCAAUAGUAGAUAUGGUUCAGAAUAAAUGGGGGAAUCUUGAAGUAGAUUGGUUUGCGUCUGAUUUCAAUGCAAAAUUGCCCUGCUUCUAUACAAGAUUUUGGAACAAAGGUUCCAGUGGCAUAGAUGCAUUUACUGAGAAUUGGUCUGGUAAAUUUGGACUGUUCGUGCCACCAAUUUGUAUCCUUCCGAGAGUUAUCAGGAAAAUGAUUACUGACCAUGUUUUUUUUGGAGUUUUGAUAGUUCCGUACUGGCCGUCUUCAAGCUUUUGGCCUUUAUUAUGUCCACUUGGGACUUUUACAGAUGCAGUGUUAGACUGGAUGUAUUUACCAACAUCAAAGAGUUUUUACACAAUUUGCAAAAACGGAAAAAGGUUGUUUGGAAAUAAGGAUUUAAAUUUCCAAAUGUUGGCACUAUUGGUUAAAUUUUGAUAGAAGGGAGUUAAAUCAUGUACUUAUUUAGAGCAAUUACAGUGCUUUAUUAUCUCCCUUUGCUCCACACAGCUGCACGUAAAACAUAAUUACGUUAAUUGCGUUACAACAUGCUCUCAAAUUGUGGCAUUUCUAAUUUUAACCAGUCAAUUUUGUUUUGCAUUAUAUGAUAAUCACGAGUUUUUAAUUCCUACAGCAUAUUAUAUAUAGCCUUAGGGCAUAUUUGUACGUUUGUACGCUGAUCAAUUACAAAUAUAAAAUGCUUGAUAGUAUAUUUAUUCGCUUUAAAUGUUUUCAGUAGCCAGAAAUUACUCUGUUGAAGUUUUAGAAGCAAAUAUUGUAAAAUUUACACAUGAAUUUAGGCAAACGUAACGCAAAUUAUGUUUUACGUGCGUUAUAGGUCGAGCGCUUUUUACAAUAGUCUGUGAGACAUAUGCACAGUUAUAGAACAUUUAGUUCUCACAAUAGUACCUAAAGUACAUAAAUUUCAUAUAAUGGUCUUGUAGACAUAAUUAUUGCAAUGAAGUAAUGCAUUUUCAUAUAUGUAGGCUUGACAGCCAUUAGAAUAGUCAGCGAAAGAAACGCACGCAUUUAUAUAUACAGGCUCGGCGGACAUUAGAAUAGCCAGUUAAAGUGAUGUACGCAUAUAUACGAAGGCCCGGCGGCCAUUAGAAUAGCCAGUUUUAGAUUCACAAACACGAGAUAGACGAGCUGCCGGAGGUCUUGGCGGACAAGGUGGCCCUUCUCCCUCAGAUACUGCAAAAGUCAAGAGCCGAAAGCACGUGCAAG